CCGUUACCGGCGUUCCGGGCUGCCGUUGAGUCCGAGCGGCCGGCGCGUGGGUAGGCAGGCAGGCAGGCGGCCACUCGGCGCGGGAUUCGCAGCAGCGAGGAUGGCCGCCUCGGUGGGUCCGUGGACGCGCACGAAGACCAAGAAGAAGCACUUCGUCCCGCAGCGGGUGAAAGUGCUCCGCUCGGCUGACCCGCUUCUGGGCGUGCUGGCUUGGGGGAUCAACCAUCAGAUCAAUGAACUCAAUCAAGUUCCCCAGCCAGUGAUGCUGCUCCCUGAUGACUUCAAAGCCAAUUCUAAAGUAAAGGUGAACAAUCAUCUCUUCAACAGGGAAAACUUGCCUGGUCACUUCAAAUUUAAGGAGUACUGUCCACAGGUUUUCCGCAACCUCCGUGAACGCUUCAACAUUGAUGAUCAGGAUUAUCAAGUCUCCCUAACACGUAGCCCACCAACCUAUGAGACUGAGGGUGGGGGUCGCUUUCUCUUGUCCUAUGACAGGACGGUGGUCAUAAAAGAGAUAACCAGUGAAGACGUAGCUGAUGUGCAUAGCCUUCUAUCACAUUAUCAUCAGUACAUUGUGAAAUGUCAUGGGAGUACCCUCUUGCCCCAAUUCUUGGGCAUGUAUCGGCUCAGUGUUGACAACGAGGAGAGCUACAUGCUGGUCAUGAGGAACAUGUUUAGUCACAGACUCACUAUACACCGAAAGUAUGAUCUGAAGGGUUCACUCAUAUCCCGUGAAGCCAGUGACAAAGAGAAGGGCAAGGAACUACCAACUCUGAAAGACAUUGAUUUCCUAAACAUGAACCAGAAAGUGUACAUCAGUGAAGAGGCCAAAAAAGACUUCAUGGAAAAGCUGAAGCGAGAUGUAGAGUUCCUAGUGCAGCUAAAGAUUAUGGACUACAGUCUUCUGUUGGGUAUCCAUGAUGUACAGCGAGCUGAACAAGAAGAGGAGGAAGACGUAAAAGAGGAAGAGGAAGAUGGAGAGGGUGAACCUGGGGCACCUGUGGGCUCAUAUGGAACAUACCCUGAGGGCAUUGGCAGUUAUCUGAACUCCCACAAACCGCUGGAGCCUGGUGACUUUGACCCUUAUAUUGAUGUCUAUGCCACUAAGAGUGCUGAAAAUGGUCCCCAAAAAGAGGUUUACUUCAUGGGCCUCAUAGACAUCCUCACCCAAUAUGAUGCCAAGAAGAAGGCUGCCCAUGCAGCUAAGACAGUCAAGCAUGGGGCUGGUGCAGAGAUCUCUACAGUGCAUCCAGAACAAUAUGCCAAGCGCUUUCUGGACUUUGUCACCAAUAUAUUUGCUUAGCAGUUUUUUCAGUACGUCGUUGACCCAAAUCAAAACCUUUUCAGCACCUUUGUAGUUGUCACUCACCCUGCUCCCUGAUUCUCCGUAAGUAGGAUAGUUUUCAUCCUGCUGUUCUGGGGUCAGCAGGGGAAAUGGGCUGACUUCAGAUGACUCCCAGUCUUGCAACUGAGGGACGGCUGCCGAACCAAGUGCCUUAACUCUGAUCUUCUGCUGAGGUGCGAAAUGAUCCAGAGUACCAAAGAAACUGGUUCCGAAUGCUUCGGAGAGCUGCUUCUCCUUCCAUGCAGGAGGAAGAGGAGUGGCUGGUUUUUAUCUAAACACUGAUUUCUUCCUUUCCGUUAAAUAGUACCAGUGUUCCGUCAUUUAGAGCAGGAUAAUGUUGAAAUAGAAUAAUAUGCAAUACGAAGUUAGUUGUGCCUUGGAAGAAGGGGGUUGAAGGGAAUCUUCCCCAUUUACACAAUCAAAUCUUGUAUCCUAUGAUAUCCCAUUGUACUGCCUGUUUCAAAGCCAUGCGCCAGUUGUAUACCUUUUCUACCAUCCCUAUAUACACAAAUAUUUAACAGAAGACUGCACUGUGCUCCAUCCUUGUGAAUAGUUUUGCUCUGAUUCUACUCCUGUUGUCAAUAAUGGAAAUCUCUCAUGCUAAAGAAAAGAGCCCAGCACUGAAUCCAGUACCCCUUAAGCUCUUUUCCAUGUAGAAUUGCAGGUUCUUUGAACUUUGUGCCCCACAGGUUGCUAUUAAUGAGAACAAUUAUUUCAGGCUCAUUGCUCUCAUGCAUCCUUUUUCUUUCUGUUUUCUAGUUAAGAAUAAGAGCUGAAGCAGGGUUUGGGAGGCUCUUUGUACAUGCUAAAUAAAUUUGGAGUAAACUCCUGAGUAAUAGCACUAUCGUCUGAAAUCCGGUUCUACAUACUGCAGAGCUUUUUUGAGUAUCACUUGUCAGAGGGAGAUUGGGAGAAGAACACAAUAACUCUAAUCUUCGGGGUAACUCUAAUCUUUGGGGUAAUUUAUAGAGGGGUGUCUGUUGGGCACAAAACCCAGAUUGAAUAGGCGAAACUUACAAAAGGGUCUAUAAGGUAUGCCUAGACUACCUGUGAUUUACCACCAUAUAAUAUUAAAUUUGAAAGCUACUGAGAAAUGCUAAGGAUGAAAGUCCUCACCAUUUAGGUUGUAAAGCUUUAACAUUAAAAUUAAAGCAAGCCUCAGAUGUUGUGAACUGGCAACAGCAUCAAUACCAUGACCAAGAGGAGCAGGGACUGUUGAGAGUUUAGCAAACCCAUAGAGAGCCCUGGCUCCCUAUCCAAUCAUAAACACUUCCGUGUUGAAGUGGAAAUCAGACCAAGCCUCAUUUAUUUUGUUUAGUGUUAUAGGGGAGAGUAUCAUGCCCAACUUCAGGAUGCUAUGAGAAGCAGCAUCUGUCUGCCUGUGCAUAAUGGCUCUAUAUGUUUAUUUUACAUAUAUCAAAUUGGCAAACCAAUGUAUUUUGGGAAAAUGGCCUAUCUCAGUGGUUGAUUAAAAUACCGCUUAAGUGAAGGAGGAAACUGCUAUAAAUUAGCAGAUGCAUUAAAAACAAUAUCCCUUCUCAUUCACCAGAAUGGGAAUUCUUGGAGAUACGUCAUUUAGCAAAGUGAGGAAUGCAGACAAGGAACUGGAUAAAUUAAAUGAUCAUUAUUCAUUUAUUGUUGGCUUGGUGAAGAGAUCUUGCUUUCUCUAGUAGCUGUCCUAGCAGCAUGGGGAAGCUGUGAUACUCCAGCUGUCUGAACUAUAAUUCCCAAUAACUCCAGCCCUAUAUAAGCAUUUAUGAGGUAUGCUGGGAGUUACAGUUCAGCAACUUCAAGGGCCAGUAUUGCCUACCUGGAAACUCUAGCUAUGGUUCAGGGUACAGUGCUACUCAGUUUGCUACUCUGGACCUGAAACGUGUGCUACUUUAUGUUUUUUAAUAUUUUCCCCUUCUGCCCAUUACUGGUGUGUUGGGACUGAUGUCAUUUCAGCUCCCAGCACCCUAAAGGUUGUGCCAUGGAGAUACAUUUAUGCUGUGGGGUUGUCUUCCUUCCACCCUCUUUCAGUGUUUUGUAAUUGUAUACAAUGUGUAUUUCUGGUUUACUCUUGUAUGGCUAAAAAUAAAUUAUUGAACCAAAAGUUGUCUGUAUGAAGUGCCCAGCUGUGCUGUUGUAUACUGCUAACCUAGCAGGGUAGAAGGAUGAACUCUGUGUUUCAGUGAAAGAAUAAAAGACUUUCC